CAAAACCUGUCAUCGUAUAUCUCCGUGCAGACGCUUCAGCUGCUGAAGUCAAUGCAGUCGAGCUGCACAGUGAGGCGUUCAUGAAGUCAAUCUCAUCCUUAAGACACUGCGAUGGAAACUUAUGCGAACUGCUGAGCAAAUCAUCCGACGACACUGAGUCAUGAUACAUCAGAGGAAGUAACUUUAUAACUUUGAAAACAGCAGUCGGACGGCAUAAAGCGCAACUAUCCGUCCUCUCACAUAUAUCGCGCUAUAUCGUAUGGAUAUAUGUUUAGUAGAACCUGUUUUGGUACGCAUGAAUACAGAGAAGUGAGACACGUCAGCAAACUGAAGAUUCCUGAAGUUUGGAUGCGCUUUAUUAAGCCCCUGCGCAAUUAUGGGCUGUAACAAGGUGUGCGUGGCGCUGCUCGCGGCUGUUGUCGUCAUCACGCUCAUCAUUAUUCUCACGGCGAUUUACGCCAACAAAGUUGAUUCUGUUUCAAAGAGAACAUUUUCUUUUGACGAUUUUUACAAUGAUACUAUCAGGUAUAAAACCUACAAUCUCUACUGGAUAUCAGACAAUGAAUACCUCCACAAAACCAGUGAGGGUUUUGUUUACCUUUACAAUGUUGAAACUAUGAAUAACUCAAUAUUCCUGAGCAACACAACAUUUGCUAAAGUUGAUGCAUCAAAUUACAUUUUGUUGGCAGACAGAAAAUAUGUCAUCUUUGAAAGCAACUACUCAAAGCACUGGAGACAUUCAUUCAAUGCCUCCUAUCAUAUUUACGACAUGGAGUCUCAGGAUUUUAUCUCCAAGGGGCAAAUUCCACCUUCUACACAACUCUUAGUUUGUGCACCAAAGGGACAGAAAAUGGCUUAUGUCUGGGAUUUUAAUAUUUACCUCAAAAUGAAUGCCACCGCUGAGCCACUACAAGUUACCCACAAUGGAAAAGAAAAUCUGAUUCUCAAUGGAAUACCAGACUGGGUUUACGAAGAGGAAAUUUUCGCCUCCAAUGAAGCCGUAUGGUGGUCUCCAGAAGGAAAAUAUCUGGCAUAUCUACAAAUUAACGACACUGGCGUUCAGAAAAUUGAAUACACGAUGUAUGGAGAUGACCAGUACCCCAAGACAGUAUCUAUUCCCUACCCAAAAGCAGGCAGUGUCAUUCCCAGAGCAAAGCUGUUUGUGAUCGAUACAGAAAAUCUAUCCAAGCUUUCGGAAGUUGUGGUGCCGAAUACCAUCGGAGAGGGAGAUCACUACCUCAGCUCGGUCACAUGGGUCACAGAAACACGACUGGCAGUUCAAUGGCAGCCUCGCAGACAGGACCAAGUCCUCCUGCAGAUCUACGACUAUGACGGCACCAGCUGGACAGAAAACUCGAAAUUUUAUCAAAAGAGCAAAACUGGCUGGGUUGGUCGGUACUUCCCUUUACCUCCUUACUUUACUGAGGACAACAUGAGUUUUUACAAGGUUAUGAGUAAUGACGCUGGUUACAAACAUCUCCACUAUGUGACUGGAGGAAAAGCAACAGCCAUAACCUCAGGCAAAUGGGAAGUGAUAUACAUCUCUAAAGUAACCAAAGAUGCAAUAUAUUAUGUGAGUAAUGAACACAUGGGAAGACCUGGACAAAGAAACCUUUACAAGAUUUCGAUCACAAAAGAUGGUCACUCUACACCCGAGUGCGUCACCUGCUCCCUGUACCAGGACAGAUGUCAGUAUAACUCGGCUUACUUCAGCACUGACGCCUCCUACUUCCGCAUGGACUGUUACGGACCAGGACUUCCAUUGUUUACACUGAUGGACAACCGAGGUCCUGCUAAAGCAAUUCAGAUUUUGGAGGACAAUGAGAAACUGAAAAGCAUUCUGACCACUGAACUUCUCAUGCCCACUAUCAAGCACUCCACCAUGAAGAUCGCAGGAUUCGAUCUCUGGUACAAGAUGAUGUUCCCACCAAAUUUUGACUCCUCCAAAAAAUAUCCACUUUUUAUUCAAGUGUACGGGGGUCCAGCGAGCCAGAACACAGACUAUGUUUUCAGACUGGAGUGGGCCACGUACUUGUGCAGUACAGAGCAGAUCAUCAUCGCCAGCUUUGAUGGCAGGGGAAGCGGUUUCCAGGGAGAUGAGAUAAUGCACGCCAUCUAUGAGCGACUGGGAACGUAUGAGGUGGAAGAUCAGAUCUCGGCCGUGAGAAAAUUCAUUGAAAUGGGUUUUAUUGACAAAGACAGAAUUGCUAUAUGGGGUUGGUCAUAUGGUGGAUAUGUGACCUCAAUGGUUCUGGGAUCAGGAAGUGGCCUGUUUAAAUGUGGAAUUGCUGUGGCUCCUGUUGCUAAGUGGGAGUAUUAUGAUGCUGUUUAUACAGAGAGGUACAUGCAUCGCCCUGACGAAAACUCUGAUGGCUAUAAAAACUCCACAGUGACCGGCAGGGCAACAAAUUUCGAGACUGUACAAUACUUGCUGGUUCAUGGAACGGCAGACGAUAACGUUCACUUCCAGCAGGCCGCUCAGAUUUCUAAAGCAUUGGUGGAAAGUCAAAUUGAUUUCGAAUCAAUGUGGUACACUGAUAAGGAUCACAGUCUGUCGGGUAAAGCGCGUUACCACCUCUACAAACACUUAAACCAUUUUCUGCUAAACUGCUUCAAAGAGAAAAAAUAAAUGGACAUAUUGAUGCUGAGAAGACAAAAAUAUCCCUCUUACAUCAACAGAGACUGUUAAAGAUUAAUCCAUGUUAGUCUGUACAUAAAAUGUCAAUGGAAAAUUGAAAAAUGUAUCAUAUCUUCAUGAUAUUGACGCAGUUUUUUAUUUUUUUAACGUGAUAUUUGUACUGUUGUUUUUUAUUAAAUUGUUGUUUAUGAACGUUCUGAUAUGAAUGUUGAUAUGUUUAAUAUUUACACAUUGAUUGUGAAAUGCUUAUAAUGUUGCUUUUGUUUAUGCACUGACUUCAAGUGUGUGAUCUGAGCUUUUGGUUUGUAAGAUCAAAUAAUUUUAAGACCUUUUUACACAAUGUUUUAUAAAAAAAAAUAAAAGUAUUUUUGUGUCCUAAAAGUGGUGUGUGUAAAUUGUAGCGG